GGCAGUUCGGCAGCGCGACCCGACGUGGGCACUUCGCUGUCCGGCCUUUCUUCAUUAAAAUAUAUUCCGUACAUACCCCCGACCGUUUGUCGUGUGGCCCCGCGAUUUUAAAUCCACAAAAGUAAUCACGCGCGCGUCACAGGCCACCGGUGUUCUUCAGAACUGUUUUUUGCCAGAUAACAAAAAAAAUUAAAACGACGAAUAAACGUUUGACUAGUUAUUGUAAUUAACUGUUAAAUUAAUGUCUUUAUCGAUUGACAAGAGUUAUGACAAGAGUUAUAACAACGCCUGUUUUUUUAUAACAACGAUAACAGUGCCAUCGGGAAUCUCAAGUUAACCGAGACUCGUGUUUUUAGAAUUUUAUUUUCAAUUUUAUUUAGUUGAAAAUAUUUAAAUUUCAACGCUCUUCAUCACUCUUGCAUUUUGGGACGUAACUGUGAGGACUACGUCGACUAAGGAGGAAAUCAAGGAUCUUCUUUUUAAAUUUGAUAAGUGCGUGGUGAUAAAUUAUUAUUAGAUCCAUCAUUGCAAGUGCAAAUAUUAAGAUUCUAUCGAUUUCAAGGAAAAAUUAACGUUCGACCAAAACCCAAGUGUGUGACUUUGCGAACGUCAUUUAAUUAUUGCUGUGAUCUGUCUACUGUAUUAUUUUCGAUCACCGAUUAAUAUUUUCAAUUUCUUAAUGAUUAAUAAUUGGGGUGCUCCGACGUACUUGUUUCAUUGUUCUCAAGUGAUUUAAUUGCCUGAUCAAAUCAUUCCAUAUAAUUAAAUUUAAUGAAUAAUCGACAUCACCCCCUGCCUUCAUCUUCUGGUUCCUAUUUUACAUAAAUAAUUAUAAUCGAGAUCUUAAUGAUUUCAAUCAUCCCAGUGAAUUUGAGAUUUUUGUGAAACGUACCAUUGUGACAUGCACGGAACGUUCGCCUAAUUUUUAUCAACGGAAAUUGGUGACGGUAAUAUUAACCGAUCGAGGAUUAUAUGAAAAUACUCUAUCCUCGAUGCUCGGAUAAUCUCAACACGUCAAGGGACUGUGUUGCCUCUUGUGUUCCUUCUACUCCAUUUGUAAACGUGCACAGUCAUCCGUUGAGUGUGAAAAAACUCGAGGUGUGAUAAUUUGAAAAAGCAAAAAGGAAAAAUCCAGAAUAAGUUGUGAUUAAAUCAAUUUAAAGAGUGCGAUCGCUGACAACAAGGAAACUGGAAGCUUACGGGAUAUGAACCCAGAUUAUACCCUCCCCGCCGCACUCUCAUCUUCAACAAGAGUCACUCCAAUACAGCAUUGGGCAUGCGCGCGCAUACAUGUGACGGCUAUUGCCGAGAGACCCAACAGUGGUCCCAGCGGACAAUGGGUCCUGAUUGCGGAUUAGGGAUUAAAAGAGACAAAAGACCAAGGUACGACCUGGGGUUGCGACGGGGUAGCUAGUAGAUCAUCAACGGUGGGUGAAGAGGAAGAUAGAACGGGGAGGAAGGCGUUAACUGAAGUACAUUGGACGCUGUGCAAGGUGGGAGGAAUAAAAGAAAGUAAAGUGAGCGCAGACGCAUGCGCAGUUGGUGAUGUGAGGCUGGCGGUCGCCUCACGUUUGGGGUGAUGCCCUCCAGUGAGCCCCAUCCCCCCCAGUACCAUCUUCAGCACCGCACAAUUCCACCAUCUCAUUUGCAACAGCACUCGUCGUCACCGACGAGCGCAUCCAUUGGCCAGCAUCAGCUUUAUCAACAGCUGGUGGCUGUCCAUCAUACCCAAAAUCCUACAAGCCAGCAACACGGCGUUGGCUAUCAAAAUUCCGCGUACGCGCUACAAAAGCAGGAGAUGAGCCCGGAGGAGGAGGGUGGCCGGAGUGGCGGGUCCCCUCCAGCUGCAGGGGCUGCACUCCAUCAGCCACAUCAUCCGCGCACAGCCUCACCACCCUCAGGUGCAGAGCCUUGUAAUCGUGAUGCUAUACCCACACCGACGCCAACAGCCGAUACAACAACAACAACAUCAGUCAGUUCAAAUGACACAAUAGCAACAGCAUCGGCUGCAGCGAGUGCUGGAACAAUAACGACGACGAGUAUGCAGUCAUCGGGUCAAACGCAAUCGCAACAGCAGGGUCCAAGUCCCAGUCCAAGUCCAACAGGUGGUGAUGUUGAAAAAUUUGACGGUAAAAUUGUUUAUAAUCCCGAUGGAUCGGCCUAUAUUAUCGAGGGUGAGAGUGAAUUGAGUGAGGACGAUUCAUUGCCAGAUGGUUGUAUCGUUGAUGGUCGUGGUGUUUCAGUGCCACACUCACUGGUAUUUCCACAAAUAGCAAGCGCCUACUAUGUGUCAAGGUUAUACGCCCAUCAGGCAUAUCAACAACAGCAGGCACAACAACAGCAGAGAAAUUCAGCCCAACCCCAUAAUCCCGAUUUACCUGUUAUGCACAGUUAUCGGGUAAUAAGUUAUAGAACAGCGGAGGGUAGUAAAGCACCACCGCCAACGCCAGCUCCACCGCCUCCCUCGACCUCGGUACCAGUCAAGCCCAUUCUCAUGUGUUUUAUAUGUAAACUGAGUUUUGGUUAUGCCAAGAGUUUUGUUGCACACGCUCAGGGUGAGCACCAGUUGACAUUGAUGGAGGAUGAGAGGCAAGUGUUGUCGCAUGCGACGACCUCGGCUAUUAUUCAGACUGUUGGAAGGGGUAAACAACCGUUGGUCAGUUUUCUUGAGUCAGUGACAAGUUCAUCGUGUCCACAAAGUUCACCGGUGCAAUCCCAAUCGCAACAGCGUGGCUCAGAAUCUAAUGAUCACGAUGUGCCGACUGCAGUGAGUACCCCGACAAGUACACCGGGUAUACCAAGCAGUCCACAAGCACAAUCACAAAGGCCAUCUCCAAGUACCCCAACAACACCAACGUCGCACACAAAUUCGUUGAAUUUCAAUCAUCAACCGUCACAGCAUCAGUGGACCGGCCAAGUUAGUGCUGCCUCUUGGGCAAAAGCACCAGAGGCAAUGCACUAUACAUCACCUCCACCCCCAUCAUCGACAAAGGGUUCACCAUCUUCAUAUGCUGCUCUUACUCAACAACCGCCAAAUUUUCUUACUGGCACGACAAUCGGCGUGUGCCCAGAGCACAUGCAGGGCAGGCCAAGCGGCGUUGAAUGCCCAAAAUGCGAAUUAAUACUCACAAGUAGUCGAUUAGCUGGACCAGGUGGGCCUCUCGCUGGCAUUCACAGUCGCAAUUCCUGUAAAACAUUAAAGUGUCCAAAGUGCAAUUGGCACUACAAGUACCAAGAGACACUUGAAAUACACAUGAAAGAAAAACAUCCGGAGAGUGAGACAUCGUGUAUCUACUGUAUCGCCGGUCAACCGCAUCCGAGGUUAGCAAGGGGUGAAACAUACACUUGUGGUUACAAACCGUACAGGUGUGAAGUUUGUAACUACUCAACGACAACUAAAGGCAAUCUUAGUAUACACAUGCAGAGUGAUAAACAUUUAAAUAAUAUGCAAGAAUUGCAACAGGGCGGUGGUGCUGCUGCUGCUGCUGCUGCAGCAGCAAGUAAUCCCUCCUCCUCACAGGAGGCGCCUAUGCCAACGCGUAGUCCCCAUCAUCAACAGAAUCAUAGUCCCCAUUUGGCUGCUCAGACUGUUACUCAAGGUAAACCAAAACCGACAUUUCGUUGUGAUGUAUGUAAUUAUGAGACAAAUGUUGCGAGAAAUCUCAGGAUACACAUGACGAGUGAAAAACAUACGCACAAUAUGCUGGUACUACAGCAAAAUGUCAAACAUAUGCAGACACUUUCAGCCUUGCAAUCACACCAUCAACAGGCACAGCAGCAUCAUCAUCAGGCGGCUGCACAACAACAGCAAUUAGAACAAUUGUUACAUCUCGGUGGUCUGGAUAAACCGCAACACGCCGAGGCUGCACUAGCUGAUAUGGCAUACAAUCAGGCCCUUCUCAUUCAUAUGGUAGCUGGUGGUCAGUUACCACCCCAAUUGCCACCAGAAUUAUUAGGUGGUAUGGCGAGUAUGAGUGCAAUGAGUAAUUUGGCUGGUGACAUUGGCGUCUCUCCAGACAGUAUGGAACCCCCACCAGAGCCAGCCGAUCCCGAUCCUACUCACCUUUAUCAUUGUUGCGUGUGCAAUAACUUCAGUACAGAUUCUCUCGAUGCACUUGGCCAUCAUCUUGCCACUGACAGAACGAGAACGCGUGAAGGUGAAAUACUCGCUCUCGUUGCUGGCAAUUUUGUCUGCAAACUGUGUUCGUACAAGACCAACCUUAAAGCCAAUUUCCAACUGCACUGCAAAACAGACAAGCAUCUCCAACGGUUGCAACAUGUUAAUCAUGUCAAAGAGGGAGGUCCACGUAAUGAGUGGAAGCUCAAAUUCCUUGCGUCCCCAACUAGUGCACAAUUGCGUUGUCACGCAUGUGACUACUAUAUAAACAGCGCUCAUAAGCUAGUCAUGCAUGCAGACUCGCCCAGGCAUCAGGCAGCAGCCUUACUUUUACGGCAUCUACUCGAGGCCAGUGCCAAUAUACAAUCGCAGAAUAAGCUUUAUCACUGCGCGUUGUGUGGAUUCAGUGCAAGACACCGGUUACCAUUGUUGCAACACGUUAGAUCAGUGAGGCAUCUGCAAAUGGAGCAACUCCAUCAGCUCCACCGACGUAGUGGUAUACAAGGCAAUGACAAUCCCCAUACCGACAUUGGCGAUGUUUUCCAAGUUGUCGCUGAUCCCGAUGCACCAUCGACCCAACAAGCUAGUCCCACAACACCAACGACACCCAAUGCCGCUACCACUAACAACGAGCGGCGUGAGGACGGGAGCGAUUGUGGUAGUGAGGUGAAACAAGAGCCAGAGAACGACCAAGAGCAAGAACCCGAGCCGGAAAACGAAACGGAGGAAAUUGUAUGUCCAUUCUGUACAUAUCAGCCAACGUCGAAGGAGGAAUUGAAGCAGCACCUUCAAGUGGCUCAUACACAAGAGCACGAGGAGAAGAUGGAUGUUGUUAAAGAAGAGCCUGUACAAGAGUUGUUGUGUCCAUUGUGUCAGGAUGGGUUCAAAGAGCGUGCUGCACUUGAAAAACAUGUAAUGCAAAUUCACUCAGUGAAUGCCGAUGGUCUACAAAGGUUAUUACUUCUUGUUGAUCAGAGUCAUUGGUUGAAUAACAGUCCACGAAAUACAUCUACCCCAGCCGCAACGCCAACAUCGCCAAGUACAACAAAGCAACAUUUAGAAGAUGAUAAUGAGAGAACUAGUGAUGAGGUGGAGGAAAUUACAAGGUGUACAAUAUGCGGUAGAAUUUGCAGAUCUCUGGAGGAGCUACAACAGCAUCACAGGGAGUCACAUCCAGCAACAACGCCUACCUUGGCUGUCAGUGAGAAACAUGUCUAUAAAUACCGAUGUGGCCAGUGUAGUUUGGCUUUCAAAACAUUUGAAAAACUUCAACAACAUUCGCAAUAUCACGCGAUUCGCGAUGCCACAAAGUGCGCACUCUGCGGCAGAUCUUUUCGCUCUGUUCAGGCACUGCAACGACACUUGGAAACUGCCCACGCAGAUUUACAGGAGGACGAAGUGGCACAGUACAAACAGAGCUUACUCAAUGCUCAUCCUCUUCUUCAGGCUCUCACUGACGAGGCAAUUAGACGACAGAGUGGUGUCGUUGGGGAGCAAAAUGUUGAUGAGGAAACUAGGGGCGAUGAGGAAGAGAGCGAUGCCAGUGACUCACCACCACUUCACAAAGAGCAAAGAUUACUGGAGGAUUAUCUCAAUAGUCAGGCAAUAGCUGAAGACUCGUAUCAGGAUCCUCAGCGUAGAUUCAAGUGCCAUCGUUGCAAAGUUGCCUUCACGCGACAGAGCUACCUAACUGGACACAACAAAACUUUGUUACAUCGUAAGGGUGAAAAAAUGACUUAUCCCAUGGAGAAAUAUCUUGAUCCUAACAGGCCAUACAAGUGUGACGUAUGCAAGGAGAGUUUUACACAGAAGAAUAUUUUACUGGUACAUUAUAACAGUGUCAGUCAUUUGCACAAGCACAAGAGAGCCAUGCAGGAGCAGGGGAACAAUAAUACCCUAAUGUCAGUUAUACCACCGGCAAGUCCCACUGAAUCACCAGAUUCCCAACAGGAUCAUGACAAAAAACCAUAUAAAUGUAAUAUCUGCAAAGUUGCCUACACCCAAGGAAGUACUCUAGACAUUCAUAUGAGAAGUGUUCUCCAUCAAACACGAGCGAGUAAAUUACCAGAUCUCGCUGCAAGUGGUCAACUCGACUUGGCGCGACCCCUCAUCGAACAACCACCUCCAUCUAGCCCAAAUAGUCCACCAGGGAGCACAAAUACCGGUAGUAGUAACAGCAAUAUGCUCCCAUGUCCCCGCUGUAGUGCACUAUUUGUAAAUCAGGAGCAAUUGACUACUCACCAACAACUCUACUGUAUCUUCAGCAAUCCUUUGGCAUUAUUUCAAACACUAGCAGCAUCACAGCAGAUGGCUGCAUUGACGCCUGACAAAACACCAUCACCCAUUUCAACGACACCGGGCCCACAACAGCACGCUCAACAAACGCAGGCAUCUAAUCAAGUUGCCCAAGAUAUCUUAUCACAACCCAGACACAAGACCUCUCAAAUGUAUAAACACUUACUCGAAAGUUUUGGCUUUGAUCUCGUAAUGCAAUUCAAUGAGAAUCAUCAGAGGCGUCAGAGAAAGGAAGAAGAAGAUAGGGCAGCUCUUCAGGCACAACAGGAGCAGCAAAAGCAGGAACAACAAGCGAAGCAGGCGCUGGCUGCUCAACAGGCACUGGAGAUAGACGAUCAGGAAACUGAGGAGCACGGCGAUGAGGAAGUAAUCCCUGAAUUAACAAGAAGUACAUGUCAACAUUGCAAUAAAGAAUUCAGCAGUGUGUGGGUAUUGAAGGCUCACUGCGAAGAGGUGCACCGUGAUUUGGUGCCCCGUGAAUUUCUCGAAAAGUACGCCCAACAAUUUAAAUGUGAAUACGAGAAGAAGAGUGUUGUAGUAACAGCGGCGACUUCGUCAUCGACAACAACCGCCCCGCGCAGUUCAACACCAGCCGCCAAUCAGCCUCAGGACUUGAGCUCAGAUAAGGAAAAACGAGAUAAGGAUAAAGAAGAGUCAACUGAGUGUAAAGAAAGAGCCAGUCGUACACCGGAGGCCACAUCGACAACUCCGGCUACAACACCAGCACUCAGUAAUACCCCGGUAUCCAGUACAGAAUCAGUUACACCCAUUGCACAAACGAAUAAUUCACAACACUCUAUGCAGUCACAAUCACAAUCGUCUCAACAACAACAGCAACAGCAUGCACAACAAAUGACAUUGGCUCAACAAAUGUCGGAAAUGCAGGCGGCAUUGAAUGCUAUGGCUGCUAGUCAACUACAACAGCAAUUACAACAGUAUCCGGGAUUGAUGAUGGGGAUGAUGGGAUUGCCGUUGGGUCUCAAUGUUCCAGCUCUUGCAGCCAUGAAUCUUCAGCCACCACUGGUACCGAUGAUGUUACCACCACCUCCUUACGAUGGCAGUAAUAAUCAAAAUCCUGCAUAUCCUCCAAUGCAGGCACAAGCGGAUCUUCUUGCCAAACAGCAUCUCGCACUUCAGCAACAACAAGCAGCAGCGGCAAGUGCAGCGGCAUCCCAGAAACGUGCCCGUACCAGAAUAACCGAUGAUCAGCUGAAAAUCCUUCGUGCACAUUUUGACAUCAACAAUUCCCCUGGCGAGGAGCAAAUUGUCGAUAUGGCGAAACAAAGCGGUCUUCCUCCAAAAGUCAUCAAACACUGGUUCAGAAAUACACUGUUCAAAGAACGUCAACGUAAUAAAGACAGUCCUUACAAUUUCAAUAAUCCUCCAAGUACAAGUCUCAAUUUGGAGGAGUACGAAAAGACUGGUGAGGCAAAAGUAACGCCAUUGAACUCCUCCACUUCAGGGGGAAGUUCUUCUGACGAUAAAAGCCCAAAUAAACAAUCAUCCCCGCCACCAAGCACCCUGACAGCGACAACAACCGCUGAGAUAAAGCAGGAACCAAUGGACUCAAUUCCAUCCCAGCAAAUGAUUCCUCAUCAUCAGAUGGAGGAACCGCAUCAUUCACCAGGGAGCUCUGGGGGUCAGCAAUCUCGUCCCCACUCACCAGCAUUGAGCAUGAGCUCGGUUUUUUCCGGUCUUCAUCAUGAUAUCUCUCAUGGCUCCUCGAAUAAUCUAGGAACGCCAAUGCUUCCACCAAAAUUGACACCACAAAAUUUUACAAGUCCUAAUCCUGGUGCUGGAAAUGUCGUUCCCAGUUCCAUAGCUGCAAUGGCCCUGACACCCCAACGAUCUUUGAGCCCAGGUCGUGGUCCCACUGAUUUUUCUUUCGGUGGUAAUAGCAAUGGGAGUAAUUCAUCGGGUGGUAGCUCUGGAAAACGUGCCAAUCGAACGAGAUUCACGGAUUACCAAAUAAAAGUUCUCCAGGAAUUUUUCGAAAAUAAUGCAUACCCAAAAGAUGAUGAUCUGGAAUAUUUGAGUAAGCUCCUUGGUUUAUCACCACGAGUGAUAGUAGUGUGGUUUCAAAAUGCUCGACAAAAAGCACGUAAAGUAUACGAAAAUCAACCAGCAGCGGAGCCAGUAACACCAGGUGGACGGGAGGGUGAUGAUGGUUCAGGCCGAUUUCAACGUACUCCAGGGCUGAAUUAUCAAUGCAAAAAGUGUCUUCUGGUAUUUCAGCGUUACUACGAGCUCAUACGCCAUCAAAAAACCCAUUGCUUUAAGGAGGAGGAUGCAAAAAGGAGUGCCCAGGCUCAGGCAGCAGCGGCUCAGGUAGCUGCAGUUUUGAGCUCUGAAGAUAGUAACAGUAGUUCAACAACAACGACAAACGCAGUGCCAAAUAAUCCCAGUACUCCAGCCCUGACUGACCAGCUUCAAAGACCUUUAAGCACUUCAACGCCACCACAUAUACAUCAAUCCCUUCCUAGUCAAUUGCCAUCGACUCCUCAAUCAGCUCCACCAGCCCAAUCUGAAUCUAAAGAAGGAAGUUUUCAGUGUGACAAGUGCAACUUGAUGUUCGGUAGAUUCGAACUGUGGCGCGAACAUCAGCUGGUACAUAUCAUGAAUCCAUCGCUUUUUCCACCAGCUUAUCCACCCGACUCACCGUUCGGUAUACUCCAGCAACAAGCACUAAAUGCUAGUACUGGCAUCACUGGUGAUCCACCACAUCCACUAAUAGCUAUGAUGCAGGAUCGGAAACGUAAGUUUGAAGAUUUUGAAGAAAAUACUGGUAGUGAAACUCGUAAUAAUUCUGAGCACAGCGAGCAGCCCAAGGACAAACGGCUAAGAACAACCAUUUUGCCUGAACAACUGGAUUAUCUUUACCAGAAAUACCAGGUCGAGUCGAAUCCCUCCAGAAAGAUGUUGGAGACGAUUGCGCGAGAGGUGGGCUUGAAGAAACGAGUAGUCCAGGUUUGGUUUCAGAAUACGAGAGCCCGCGAGCGUAAAGGACAGUUUCGCGCUCACAGCCAAGUAAUUAACAAACGGUGUCCCUUUUGUCCUGCAUUGUUUAAAGUCAAAUCAGCCCUUGAAUCUCACUUAAGCAGUAAACACGCUGAUCAGGUGGCACGUGGAGAAGUCAAUAUCGAUAACAUACCAGACGAGGAAUUGUCCAUGGAAUCAGCCCCAUCGAACCCAAGCACGCCAAACAUGAUGCCACCACUGUUUCCUCCAUUCAACUCUGAUGUUGAGGCGUCUUUAAAAAAGUACUACGAAGAAUCGAUGAAGCGUUACAUCAGCGAGCUCCAGGCUCAUACGAGCAAUGGUAAACAGGAGAAUUCGGGUAGUCAAGUUGCCAGUGGUACAGGCGAAUCUCCUCUAGAUCUCAGUAAACCAGUGGAUCUCAGUCGGCCAGUGAAACUCAAUCUGGGGAGUUUGUCUAAUCUUCUGGAGGAACAACAGCACAGCCUGAGCCAGCACUUUCGUGGUGGCAGCGACUGUGGACCACUGACAGAUCUCUCCGAACGAAGUAUUUGUGAUGACGAUAGUAUGAGCGAAACAACUGAGUUCCUCGAUGAUGAGAGUGGUCCAGCAAGCCCUGCCUCCAGUACCCAGAGCUCAAGACACGGUGGCACUGUAACAACACCCGGUAUGACGUCGGUAUCGGGUGGCAAUGCUGGCAGUGGCAAUUCAACAAGUGGUAAUACAUCAGGUGGCAAGAGGUAUAGAACACAGAUGUCAGCAACUCAGGUGAAAGUGAUGAAGUCACUGUUCUCUGAUUACAAGACACCAACGAUGGCAGAGUGCGAGAUGUUGGGCCGGGAGAUUGGACUACCAAAGCGCGUCGUCCAGGUAUGGUUCCAGAAUGCCAGGGCUAAGGAAAAGAAGGCGAGAUUGGCAGCUGGUCUCCCGGCGGAGGGCUCUGCCGUACAACCCCAUCGUGGACCAACGGGUCCUGAUGAAUGCCGCUUGUGCUCAGUACGUUAUACACCUAAAUCACCACUGCAGGAGCAUGUUUUUUCACGUCGACACAUUGAGUCUGUGCGCGUUGCUGUCGAGGAGGGUAGUUUGGUACCACCAACACCGGGUGCACCGAUAUUACCUGGUGGUACGGGAAGCAGUAUGACAAAUCCAACUACUGGUCAAGCAAAUACCCAAUCGCAGAAUGAUGAAAAUAUGAUGUAUGGAUCAUUGUUUCUUCAUCCAACGGCCAUGUUUCAGGCACAACAGCAGCACGGAACAACAGCCAGUACGGCUACCACCACCCCCGUAGCAACUACAAGCCUGAGUGGAAGCAUGAACGGUGGACUGAUGUCGCUACAAGUGGAGAAUGGCACUCAAGUGCAGGUACCCCGGGCUCUGAUGCAGGCCUUCCUGAAGCAGGAUCCAAAUCAUCCAGGUCUCGAAACAGUCCGCUUACCAACCCCCGGACCUAGUGAACUAGAUGAACCAAUCACUCUACCACCCUAUUGCCGUGAGGUUGAAUCCGAGGUGUGCCUGGUAUGCCGCAGAUGCGGUCGAGCAUAUCCCCAGGAGUCAACGCUCCUGGCGCACCAGAGGUCGUGUUAUCUGGGUAAUCAGCAACGCCGUGGUGCCCUGAGGCUUGUCCAAGCUCGCUACAGCUGCAGCCUCUGUGAUACUAGUGGAUCGACCAGAAGCUACGGUACAAUGAGCGAAUGGCGAAGGCAUUCUGAGACUGUUCAGCAUCGCGCUAGACUCGAGGCCAAUCAUCAGAGAACAGGACAGUUUGGCAAUCAGCAGUACGGAAUUAUCAGUGAUGUUGAUGGGCAAUCCGGUGAGGAGGCUAAUCCACUUACCGAUGAAAUGGAAGACGUUGUCAAUCAGAUAACAUUGCUUGCUGCAAGGGCUGCAGCUGAGAGUACAACGACAACUGGCCAAUCGCCAGUUAAUCAGGACAACAAUAACGGACCUGACGCCAAAAGGCAGAAAUUAGUACAGGAGGUUGCUGCACUCGCUGGUGCACGUUAAACAGGGUGCUCACCUUCGAACUAUUUUUCAUUUUUUAAAAUUGUCUUUGAACAGUUACACACCGACCGAGACUAUAUUAUCGACAGGGGAUUAACAUCGAGUAUUACCGGAUGAUGAUUCUAAAUUAUUAUCAUUAUUAUUGAUAUUACUAUUAUUGAUAUUACCAUUAUUAUUGCUAUUAUUAUUGCUAUUAUUAUUAUUAUUAUUAUUAUCAUUAUUGAUAUUAUUGAUAUUAUUAUUCAUUGAAUUGAUUAUGAAAAAUGAAUGAAAAAAUGAAGUGUGCGGGAUACAAGCGACACGAGUAAUUUCGUAAUACAGGCUACCAAAAACGGAAAAUUUUGUAAUAGAAAAACAAAACAAAAAAAAUUGAACGCAAUUGUAAUAAUCGGUUCAAUUUAUAGAAAAAAAGAAUUGGUGAUUGUUCUCCGUUUUGCCUGUUAUUUUUGUAGCCAAGACGCGUCUCGUUGCUCGCGCGCACUCAACGAAGUUCCUCAAAAAAAAAAGUUAACGAUAGGCCACACGAUUCACGAUGAAUUUAAGGAUAAUUCGAUUUGACUGAUGACGAAUAUUACGGGGGACAUUUUAUAUCCGGUCGGAUCGGAUAUUUAAGAGAAAUAAUAAUAAACCGUAGACAUUAUGGGAUUUUUGACAUUUAUGAAUUAAUUUCGGCAGAAUUCGUCAACACGACUGAGUUGAAAUGACGUCAUCGAGGUGGUCUGGCAAAAGGUUCCUAUGUAAAGUAAAAUAAUAAAUGAAGCAAAAAAAAAACUAAGAAAAUGAAAAAAAAAGUUACUAAAAAUUAAUGUCGCGCGUGCGAGGACGCAGAAAAUCUUUUUAGGUAGUGGAUACUGGCUGGAUAAUCCCGCCAAUUUACUACGAGUACGUACGUAUCACACAUACACACACUCUCUCUCUCUGUAUCUUUCUCUCUCUCUCUCUCCCUCUCUAUCCCUCUCUCUCUCUCUCACCCUCUUUCUGCCUCACUGAUUAUGAUUUUUUCACAAUUUUUGAGUGAUGUAAAUUAUCAUGGUAUUUGAUGGAGCGCGCAAUCCACAAUGCUUUGUUAUUUCUAUAAUUUAUCACGUCGUAAUUCCAGCACUGAGUGAUACAAUGCACGUACUACACUUCCAAACAAUAAAUAAAGUAUUAUAUGACUAAUUCCCAUUGGAUAAAUCGGCUUUGAUGCGAUAACUUAUUGAAUGGGAACGAUUUCCCUUUGAUUUGCGAAGUAAUGAACAAUACGAUAACAAUUACAAGAGAGAAUGAAUGUGAAUACUAAAAGAAGCAAGUGGCAAAAAAAGUGAAAAAAAAAGAACAAUUAAUAUCGAAAUCGAUGCGACCACCGAGACUGCACGGACGGUGUCUGCGUAUUCGACUACGAAAUUUGAAAAAAAAACCCAGCAACAUGGUUCCUAUAUUUAAUAAAUUAUAUUUAAUAACGGUAAAGGAAAAGGAUUAAUAAUUAAAUAGUAAGAGUAAUAAUGAUAAACAAUAAUAAACAAUAUUUAUAGUUGUUAAUAGUAACGGUGUCGAUGACCGGUAAUUUAUCGAUAAUUAUGGAUGUGAAUGAUUUAAAAAGAGAAAAAAGUGAAGAAUUGAAGAACUGGGGUUUGGGGUAAAUGCGAGGUACGUAGAUGAGUAUAUGAGUUUUUGUGUUAUCCAAGAAAAUUGUUGAUUGGGCGGAGUGUAAUGAGUGAAUGCUGUGAAAGUCAAUGAAUAAGAGAUAUCUCUGAUUUUAGUGACGACUGGGCGCACACAAUACGCGAGACCGAUUCUCCUGCGAUUGCACUGAUUUAAAAAAGGGUUUAACACAAAAUUCACGGGUGAAAGAGAGGCGAGAGUAUAAAGAGGAAUAAUAGAUUUUUGAAAAGGAAAAACGAAAGGUUAAUUGAAUUUUAGAUAGACUAUAAGCCGAUACAAUUACUGGUAACUGUAGUUUAGGGAGAAAAAUUAUGGAUGCGAUAUUAAAAUUCACGUCACAAUGGUGACACGGCAACAGGGGCGGAGUGGGGGAGGGCGGUAAUGGAUGAUUGCGUCGCAGAAGGACAUCUAGGCAUAUGAAAAAUAUAUAAAUCUAUAAAUAAAAAUGAUGAUGCCGUAAAUUAAUGAAGAGGAAUUAUAUAUAUAUAUAUAUAUUUAAAGUAGAUAAAUAUAUAUAUCAUGUUGUGACCUAAUAGAAUCCUCGCAGGGAUUGUUCGAAUCGUGGCGCGUUCUUUACACGCGUACGUACAUGGAUAUUUAUUUAUUUAUUUUUUUUUUCUUCGUUUUGGGCUUGUGGAUGGUAAAAAUGAAAAUCCUAGGGGAAAAAUUUAUAAAACAUAUUCCAUACAUAUGUUUUUCUAAUUCCAUAGUUGAAUUAUAAUUUUUCGAAAUAAUUGUUUUCGUGAAAUGGUGAAAUGUACGAAAUUAUUGAAGAAAAGUAAAUCGAGGUCGGAUGGAAAAUUUUAACCAAAAACGUGACGAGUAAUUACUAUUUCUAGUUUAAGUAACAUGAGGUUCCUGUGGCAAUGAUUGCUUUUUUAUUGAUGUAAAGAAUGGUGAAGACUAUUAUUACUAUUACAUUUGAAUUAUUAAUGAAUUAAUGGUAAUGAGGGCGAGAGGUUGAUGGAAUAUACAUAUUUAUUCGGAUGAUUAGCGAAAUAUUCAUUUUAGUGGGCGUAAUAAGAGGAUGAAAAUUACUCUUCCAUCACUUACGGUAAUCAACAUCUCAUUUAAUUAUUACUUUUUUCAUGUUUAAUGAUAAGUACUAUUUUAAUUCAAUCGAAGCAAUGAGAACGAUGCAUCCAGGACCAAAUAAUGUCGUCUGCCACACGAGUUUCCUUUAUCCCGCCUCUGUAUUAUUCACGCGGCGCUAAUUUACCUUCGUGUGCAUUUUUUUAUAUCCCUCAAAUUCGUGAUUCGUUGCGAGGCGUUAACGUGAACCGACAGCCAAAGUUAAAGGGGAGAUUGUCCCAUAAUACAGACACGUAGAUGCGCAGCCAUUUCGAAGGGUGCUUAUUUUCGUUUUUUGCGCGCAAGGGGAGAAGUGAAAAAAAUAGGGUGACACGAAAAAAAUCAAUGAGGUCGUUCGCGCCUUCGCGUCGCUUUUCGUGGUAAAUAAGAUAUUCAAGUGUGUGGAAGAAUAAAAUCCUGUCGUUGAGCUCCGCUGAAUAUAUUUCAUUCGUUUUCCAAUGGCUUUCAUUGUUUGUUCUGAGCUAUACGGUUAAACAUUCUUUUUGGGUCAAAAUCAAAUGGAACAAUAAGUUUUUCAUUCUUAUUUUCCAAAUAAAUAGACGAGCAGACAAUUUUGAUAAAUAUAUUGGUAAAUUAAAAGGACAGUGACACUCAAUGCGAUUUAGGAAGGAGCAAAAGUCUUAAAUAAAAUAUUCUUUAAUUACAACUUUGCUGCACUUUUAUAAAAAUAUUUAAAAUAUUAACUUGAAUUUAAUUUUAUUGUCCGAUUGAGGAAGUGCUUUGAAAUACAUAUAUAUAUUCAAUUUCCUCUCGUGCUCCAUUUGGUCCCAUUAAUUUAAGAAUAUCAUCCCCACCGAACAUAAUAAUAAUAAAAAAAAACGUACGUACGCAUGUAGGAAAAAAAUCGGGGGAUUAGAUAUUGUGGAUUUAUCUUCCACAAGGCCAGAUUUUAAUUGAGUUUUUUUUUAAUCGAGAGAGGAAGAAAGAUUGCGUGAUAGAGUAACCAAACCUCGCUACUAGCUGUUCCUAAAUCAACAAUGAAUGAGUGAUAAACAUGUGCAGAAUCUAAACGAAUGAUUAAAAUACUAUAUUGUAUUGUAUAAGUAGGGAGGUGAUUAAAAAUGCCAAGUUACUCAAAGGCGCCGCGCGCUGCCACUCCCUCCUGCGAUAACCCUCUCAACACCUAUUUUCACGCACUGUUGUUUGUACUAUUGUAAAAAUUAUCAUAAUUUUUCACCCUGUACAUUAAUUGCAUUAUCACUAAUUGUGACUCCUGGAUUGUCGAAUUAUGUUGACAAACGUCGCGUUAAUCUCUCUCAGCCCUCUCUUUGUCGCUCUCGCUCUCUCAUUCCUUAGCAAUUUCGUUGAUGAAUAAUCGAUAAACUUCACCACUUGGACCCCUCCGUUACCAAAUAGUAAAUAAUUAACUAAAUAAAUGAAGCAGAAAGUUUACAUUUUCAGCGAUAAAGUUUUGAUUGAAAGUGACAAUUUUUAUAUAAAGCCACAGGUUUUGAUUUAUAAUCUUCAGUCAUGUAAAAUAGUUAUAAUUAUGCGAAGAUGGGGCGAGGGUCUACAUAAGAAAACAAGAACAAAGUGAAAAAACGUAAAUCACUGCAGGGGGGAUUUAAUAAAUUCCCAGAAAUUAAGAAAGUUGAUAGAUGAAUAAACAAAUUAGAUUAAUUGAGAUUUUAGAGAUACGGGGGACGGAGUGGUGCGGGCGUGUGCGUUCCAUAGUGACUGAUGAAAGAAAGAAAAAAUAGCGAUGAGUAAAUAGAAUAAAAAGGAUAAGUAAAUGCGAUGCAGGUGCAAAACAUAAAGAAGUGUAAUAGCAUUUAAUUUUUCAAUCGUUGAGUUUCACCAUCUGUUAACGCGUUUAUUUAUUAUGAAUUAAUCAAUUGCUUAUUGGUAAUUAUCAAUUGACUAAACAAGACGACUUAUUACGGGAGGCGGAUACGUCAGACACAACUAGUAAUUUAUUUUAGUGAAUUAAUCUAUUUGAACGAUACUGAGAAUCAUUACUGACAAAGUAAUAAAUUUAUGUCAAAUUAUUUUCAGUACUCCAAGAACGUAUAACAAUCUUAAUUGAAUAUUAUUAAUUAACUGACUACUAAUUGAUAAUGAGUAGUGAAUAAUUCUUGUGAGAGAUUGCCAUGUGUAUAUCUAUUAAUGUAAUCGCUAAAGGAGAGAAGAAAAAAAAGAAAAUUGGAAAAAAAAUUUGAAAAAAAAAAACUGGGCUCCCGGGGAGUCUCUGGGGUUCGCCCCGAGGCACGGGGCCCGAACACUGGCUCCCAGUUACCGUGGACGAAGGUAACGUUGGCACUCAAAAAUUUAGUCGGUCACGUCUCACCCGUUUGCGCGUUUUUUCUAUUUAAAAAAUGUCAUUUAUUUGCAACAUUCAUUGAAGGACAAUUGGCUGAUAUAUUUUUUAUCAAUAUAUUUUACAUUACUGAUACGUUCUUCAAUAAAAAUAUUAAAUACAUCGCUAUAACGUCCAGUAGCGAGUGACAUAGGCGUCGUACUGCCAAUAUCCGGGGGGCUCUUUGCUUCUAUUUUGUAAAACAAUCGAGCCACUCGGAAACCUAAUGGAUUUGAUAAUGUAAAUGCUGUGAGAGGAUUCUAGGAAUUUAUUUACAACAAAUUAAAAAUUAAGACAAAAGCUAAUGCUAGCAAAUACGAGAAUGAGAAUGUAUGUAUUAUCAACGGGGGAGACGAAGGGGUGAAGUUAAAUGAUUGAUUUUUUAAACACCACGAGUAUUGAAAAAAUGGGAGAGUGACGAGAGUGAGGGCGCCAGCGCAAUGGCCAGACUCCGAUAAAACGGACUGCUGGAGCGGUGCAAUCAUGUUCCUAUUAGGUUUCAUAUCUAAGCAAGUAAUUAAUUAUACUACUAAUUAUAAUGAUAAUGAUGAAUGAUACGACGAUAUUAUAUAUUAUUGGAUAUAUAUAUUAAAUAUAUAUAUAUAUAUAUAUAUAUGAUAUGACUAGCUGUAGUCUGUAACACUGCAACGUACUGUUUUUCCCCUUUAUACACGACAAGAAAACGAGAGAUAACACGCCGCAGACACAGCAAAUUAGUAUUUGAACACAAGAAAAAAAAAAAAGUUUUAAACGAAUGAUUAAUAAUGAGAAAACACUGAACACUACAAGGGGUCGUGCGGACGCAUUUUACCUUCACACACAUGUAUACGUAUACCCAUCAAAAACACCAACCUCGACUCGUGGUUUGACAGAGAAGAAAGAAAAUAAAAUGAAUUGAAAAAAAAAUGAAGAAAGAGAAUUGAUAUUGAAUGGUGAAAUGGACCUCUGCGAGCAAUUUUAUUUUAUUUGCAGUCAUUAAUAUUUUUGUUGCAAUGGGCACAGAACCACUGAGCACUGGCUAAUGAUCCCCACCUAAGCACAAUAUCCAGCUUAUACCAGCACUUAUAAAAAUCUCCAAACAGAUAAAAAAGUCUGGAGUGGAUUGUAUCCAUCGAAGUAGACGUAAUCUCAGCGCGCCUCGCGAUAAAUUGAACAAUUAUUGAACGAAAAAAAAAUAUAUAUACGCGACCGGAGACAAUGAAUUUAUUUCUAAUGCAUCGUCCAAUUGAAGAGAGCCCUAACGAUUAACGAUAAAUAUAUAAUUAAAUGGUCCCAUCCUCCACAUGUCCCCAGUCUCAGGCUGACGAAGGAUUGAUAAAUACCAGUCGAAGUGUAAGUAAAUAAAAAAUAAAAAUAAUUUAUAUUAUUGUCUUACGGCAGUACCACGAGAUGCCCAUCACUAUUCUCUCUCAACACGUGCCAUGUAUUUAACGAAAUUUGUAUCUUUGUAAAGGCUAGCCGAAGUAAUCCGAAGUUUCUUUUCGUUGUUCCACUGAAUUAUCACCACCUCAACGAAUGGCUAAAGCUGUGUUUCAAUUAAUUAAUUUAGUAGGGCAGUUGUAAUAUAUAUAUGAAUUCAUUACCUGAAUAUUUCGUCGCGACGAUUUCUCACGACAAUCUCACAUGUAGUCAAGAUGCUUCGAAUGACUCUGUUGAUAAUUAGAUCUAAUUAAUCAGUGAUUGCAAUUGUAGUUUUAGGAAUUUUUGUACACAUAUCAAUUGUGCAAACUGUGAACAUACACGAUACCAUAAUUUUAAUUAAUUUUUUUAUUGAGUAUUUUGAGGUUAUUUCGGGUGUCGAUAAUUUAUUAACCUACUCCUCGUGGCUCGUUGAGUCGUGUGAGUGAGAGAAUGCUAUCGAGCAUUAAUCAGUGAAUUAUUGAAAUGUGAAUUACUGAUAUCAAUCCAAUGUGUUAUGUUGUGCGCGUAGAGAUGUAAAAUAAUCGUUUUUGAGGUUGAGUGUUUCAAUUGAGAAAUUAAGGAUAUGGAAUUGUUAAAUUAUAAAGAAAUUUUUUCGACAGACUCACGAUAAUGAUUCCUUAAUCCAUUAAUUUCCAAUAAGAUCGUAAACAGUCAGCCAUAAAUUACAAUCAAUUUCCCAUUAAUUGCCAGUGAAAAAUGUAUCCCCAGGAAUUUUCUUCAAGUUGUGAUGAAAAAUUCAAAAAUAAAGCUUUCUGGAAAUGAAAAAAAAAUCAAGUUCAUGCAAAUAAGACGCGCUCUUAUGUAACCAUCAAAAACGAUUGCACGCAACAUAUUUGCAUCUCUAUCUGUGCAUCGUGGCAAACCGGAAUAAUAUGAUUUAUCGUGUUCAAUCGAGAAUGAGCGAGAUCGAUGUGGAAAUUCACUGUUUAAAUUAUCACUGAAACAAAUCUUCAUGGGCAAAUUAUUGCUAUUCCAUCAAAGCGUGAAUAUUCUCGAUUACAAAUGUUAUUCCUAUCCCUAUACCAUUUCCAAAAUAGUAGGGACUAAAACAUGACGGUCAAAAUAUUCCUCAAUCAUUGUUCAACUCGUCUUUUAUUUCCGGUCACCACGAAGCGCUCCAUUUCCGGCGAGUGAAUAUUAGUUCCAAUUUCCCUCACCCCUUGAACCCGAUCCUUUUGUCUGAUCGUGGCAAUUUACAUGGAAAACGCACUUGUUCUGCAUCCAACGAGUCAAUGUCGCGUGAUAGACCAUCCAAUGGCGCACAAUCUCAUCAUUUUUGGUGAGUCUGACGGAGGAAGGUACCAAAUGAAUUAUCGAUAUUCGCUCGAUUCUCGAUUUUCCAACCGCACGUGGGCCACAUUGAAGUCAAUGCCUCGAUGGGCAUCAUCUAAUCAAAAUGGAAAAUACUGUAGAGAAACGUAAUAAUAAUGACAAUCGUCCUGGCUACCACAGGAUAAUGCCGCAUCGACCCUCAUCAUAUUCCAAAUUUAUGGAAAAAAUAAACAUCAAACAAACAAAAUCAGCCAAUCCCCCUCCGUGCCACAUCCUGUAUCGCAAGCUCGUCUGGUUAAAAAAUAAGAGCAAAAGAUAUUUGAGAAGUGAUAAAAAAUUGAAGAAGAAAUACUGAAAGAACAGAAAAGCAGAAAACUAAACUGUACUAAACCUCGACGUAUUCUAUUAAACGCUAGUUUAUCAGAAAAUUGAA